CGUGAAGCCCGGGCGCCGCUUGCGGUGUCCCCCCGGCGCCGAGACCUUCACCGGUGCCACCACCAGGUCCAGGAGUGCCACCAAGAGGUCCGGAGGUGCCACCACGGUGACGGAUGAGCCCAUGGGUGCCACCACCAGGUCCCGAGGUGCCACCAAACCCUCCGGAGAUGCCUCCAAACCCUCCGGAGAUGCCUCCAAACCCCCCGCAGAUGCCUCCAACCCCCCCGGCGCCGCCCCCGAAGCCCCCGCAGAUGCCACCACCGCCGAGCCCUCGUCCGGCGCCCCGUGCUCCGCCUGCCCCCGCCCCGCUCCCCCCUUCCCCUGCGCCGCCUGCCCCAAAUCCUACGGCACCCUCUCCAAGCUCACCAUCCACCAGCGCGCCCACACGGGCGAACGUCCCUUUUCCUGCCCGGAUUGCCCCAAAUCUUUCGCCGACCCUUCCGUCUACCGCAAGCACCGGCGGGGCCACGCCGGCCUCCGGCCUCACCGCUGCGGCGCCUGCCCCAAAGCCUACGCCGAGCGCAAGGACCUCCGCAACCACCAGCGCAGCCACACGGGCGAGCGGCCCUUCCUGUGCGCCGAGUGCGGCAAGAGCUUCGGCCGCUCGUCCUCCCUCGCCUGCCACCAGCGCAUCCACGCGCCCCGCAAGCCCUACGCCUGCGGCACCUGCGGCAAGUCCUUCACCCAGCUCUCCUCCUACCAAAGCCACCAGCGCGUCCACACCGGCGAGCGGCCCUACCUGUGCCCCCAGUGCGGCCGCAUGUUCUCCGACCCCUCCAGCUACCGGCGGCACCAGCGGGCCCACCAAGGCGUCAAGCCCUACGGUUGCGGCGAGUGCGGCAAGGCCUUCCGGCAACCGGCCGACCUGGCCGUGCACCGGCGGACCCACACGGGCGAGCGGCCCUGGCGCUGCGGCGAGUGCGGGAAGGCCUUCGUGGCCUCCUGGGACCUCAAGAGGCACCGGUUGACCCACACGGGCGAGCGGCCCUGGCGCUGCGGCGAGUGCGGCAAAGGCUUCGGCGAGCGGGCGGCGCUGGGCAAGCACCGGCGGACGCACUCGGGCGAGCGGCCCUACGCCUGCGGGCGCUGCGGGAAGGGCUUCGGGGGCGCCUCGGGGCUGCGCAAGCACGAGAGGACGCACGGCAAGCGGGAGGGCGAGGAGGUCCCCGAGGCGGCCGCC